CGUGUUUAGCGGUUGUGUGACUGGAGUGUGUCUCCCAAAUCUUUUGUUCGCGUGUGUGAACUGGAAUUUAACUGCACACAUAUGUACAUAUGAAUAGAAAUUUGUAGUAUAAAUGUGUUUACAUUUGUACUUGCAUAUGAACUUUAUAGUGUGUAGUGGCGUAAAGUUUUGCAGUUUGUUAAAGCGAAUUCAAUGCUAAAACAUCAAAAAAGCGAUCAAAUAUAUUGUUAAAUCUUUGACUAAGCAAUACAAUGGCCGUGCGUUUCAUGGAUAUGUUAAAGCUCACCUUUAAGGUGCUCAGCUUCAAGUUCGAGCAGCGCCGCUUGACGACAGCCAUCUAUUCGGUAGUUAAGACCAAACUGGGGUCAGUUCGUGGCGUAAAGCGCAAUACGAUUUGGGGCGACAGCUACUACAGCUUUGAAAAAAUACCGUUCGCCAAGUCCCCUCUCGGGGAGCUGCGCUUCAAAGCCCCAGAGCCCGCGGAGCCCUGGGCUCAUGAGCUUGACUGCACUUCGCCCGGCGACAAGCCGCUGCAGACGCAUCCAUUCUUUCGCAAAUUUUCAGGUUCCGAAGACUGUCUGUAUCUAAAUGUCUAUGCCAAAGACCUACAGCCGGAAAAGCCGCGUCCCGUACUAGUGUGGAUCUAUGGCGGUGGCUUCCAGGUGGGCGAAGCCUCGCGCGACAUGUACAGUCCGGACUUCUUCAUGUCUAAGGAUGUGGUGCUGGUGUCCAUAGGCUAUCGUCUGGGAGCCUUCGGAUUUCUCAGCCUAGACGAUCCGGAGCUGAAUGUGCCCGGCAAUGCGGGGCUCAAGGAUCAAAUCAUGGGCCUCAAAUGGGUGCAGCAGAACAUUGAAGCCUUUGGCGGUGAUCCGAACAAUGUGACUCUGUUUGGCGAGAGUGCUGGUGGUGCCUCCACUCAUCUGCUAACGCUAAGUCCACAAACAGAGGGUCUGCUGCACAAGGCCAUUGUCAUGUCGGGAAGUGCGCUGUGUCCUUGGGCCCAGCCGCCGCAGAGCAACUGGGCCUAUCGCCUGGCACAAAAGCUGGGCUACGCGGGCGCCAACAAGGAUAAGGAAAUCUUCAAGUUUCUAUACAAUGCCAAGGGCGGAGAUAUUGUGAAGGCGACGGCUUCAGUGCUCAGCAAAGAGGAGAAACACAAUCGCGUGCUCUUUGCCUUUGGCCCUGUGGUGGAGCCCUACAAAACAGAGCACACAGUCAUAGAUCGGCCACCCUAUGAGCUUAUGCAGCAAACUUGGAGCCAGCGUGUGCCCAUCAUGUUUGGUGGUACAAGCUUCGAAGGUCUGCUCUUCUAUCCAGAAGUUACGCGUCGCCCAGCCACGCUGGACGAGGUGGGAAACUGUCAGAAUGUGCUGCCAAUAGAUUUGGGCGAGAACUUGGAUCCCAAGCUACGCGAGAAUUAUGGAUUGCAGCUGAAGCGCAUGUACUUUGGCGACGACUCUUGCAACAAGGCUAACAUGCUCAAGUUCCUGGACCUGGAGUCCUAUCGUGAGUUUUGGCAUCCCAUCUAUCGUACAGCGCUGGCUCGCGUGCGUCAGGGUAGCGCCCACACGUAUCUGUAUCGCUUUGAUCACGACUCCAAGCUCUGCAACGCCAUUCGUAUUGUUCUCUGUGGCCACGAGAUGCGUGGUGUCUGCCACGGUGACGAUCUGUGCUACAUCUUCCACAGCAUGCUCGCGAACCAGGCAGCUCCAGAUUCACCAGAGCGCAAAGUAAUCAGUGGCAUGAUUGACAUUUGGACCAGCUUCGCGCUGAACGGCGAUCCGAACUGUGAGAGCAUAAAAUCUGUCAAGUUUACGCCGCUUGACAGCGAAAGCAAUUUGCACUGCCUAAAUAUUGGCGAGCAGUUCGAGUUUAAGCCAUUGCCAGAGCUGGAGAAGCUGCAGUUGUGGAGCAGCUUCUAUACCAGUGGCAAACUCUAAGCUGGACUGCAAAAGUGCGUGAAGUCUUCGGUUUUAUAGCUUUAGCUGCCUCUAUUGUAUAGACCAUGUAAAUGAGGCCUUGUAAAUAUUUAUUACUGUUGUAGUCCUAAGCUAAGGUUGGCUCAUAUACCAUACAUAACACUCGUGUAUAAAUUAUUUGAAAUUAUUA